AUGAAGGCUCUCAUGUUAUCAGGUAGCAACCUGCCUACACUGCAUAAUGUGAGCCAUUUGGAGGUAAAUGCUAACAAACUUGUUGGAUGUAUGUUUUUGCCGGACCUACUCAAAAGCGUGCCUAACAUACGAGCUCUUGACAUUGGAGAGUUUCUGUCGAAGUUUCUAUCGAACCGAAGUAGAAUUGUGCCUAACGUAGCUCUCGCCCUAAAAGAGUUUCUGUUGAACCGAAUCAAAAGUGUAAUUAACAUACAAGCUCUCGACUUUGGAGAGGGCCUUGGAAGCAAAUGGGGAGUGGCGGAAUACAAGGGCAGUAUUUCCACAAUUAGCCACAACAUUUUUAAGAAAGCCAUAGUCCAAGAAGCCGAAGACAGGGUUUAUCAUAGCGAAAAGGAAGAGAAAGAUGGAAUCAACAGAUUACCGUACAAAGUGCUUUGCCACAUCCUAUCUUUUCUUCCAACAAAAUAUGCGGUGGGGACAUCCAUUUUAUCCACCACGUGGAAGAAUCUUUGGUCUUCAGUACCCAGUUUGGACUUUGAUGAUGAGUUAUUGUUACAUGGAAGAAAGCCUUGCAGUAAAUCAACACAAGAUUUGAGAGUGAGCUUCUCAAGUUUUGUGAAUAGAGUGCUUAAACUACACAAUGCACCAUGCACACACAGGUUUCAUUUGAAAUGUGGUCAAGACUAUGAACCCUCACAGUUGAAUGCAUGGAUUUGCAGUGCAGUGUGUGGUAAAGUUCAAGAGCUUGAUCUCUGUUUCCCCAUGAGAAACUCUAAAUACUCUCUAUAUUGUGGCCUUUUUACAUCUACAUCACUGGUGUACCUUAAACUAGGAACAAAAUUUGUGCUCAAUGUUCCUGCUUCCGUACUUUUACCAAGUCUCAGGACUCUCCAUCUGAAUUCAAUUGAAUUUUCAGAUGAUGACUCAACUCAUAAGUUAUUUUCUAGCUGCCCUGUGCUAGAAGAACUGUCUAUAGUGAAAUGCGGAAUGAAAAGAAUACGUUACUUUAAGAUUUCUGCCCCUAUAUUGAAGCGUUUGACCAUUGAAUGUGCUAUAGAAGAUGAAUAUAGUACGGAGUUCUGUGAGUACAAGAUUAUCAUUGAUACUCCAGCCCUUGAGUACUUUAGAUUGUAUGAUUUUGUGGCAGAAGGGUAUGAUUUAAAGAAUCUAAAGUCACUAACUGAAGCUCAAUUUCAUGUUGAAUUAAGCACUCCAAAGUUGGAACAAAAAGGCUAUGCUUACUAUGGUCAAAGACAACUGGAACUAAUGAAAGGUAUUUGUGAGGUCAAAAUCUUGCAUUUAACUGGCGAUUAUAUGGAGGUUCUCAAGUUAUCAGAUUGCAACCUGCCUACGUUACAUAAUGUGAGCCAUUUGGAGCUGAGCAUUAACAAACAUUCUGGAUGGCAGUUCUUGCCGGACUUGCUCAAAAGCUUGCCUAACCUACUAGCUCUCUACUUUCCAAUGGGACUUGUACAUGAGCGGGGAGGAGAUUGCCCACGGGAUCAACCUGAGUGGGUUCCUCGUUGCUUGUUGUCUUGUCUCAAGAAAAUAUUAAUUUGGCAAUUUCAGGGGCAGAAAGGUGAGUACAAGCUGGUGAAGUAUUUGUUGCAGAAUGCAAGCGUUUUAAGUGUGUUCAGUAUAAAAUCUCAUAAUAAUUUGACUAUAGAAGAAGAAUUGAAGAUUAGUAAGAAGUUGUUGUUGCUGCCAAGGGGCUCAAAGACAUGUCAGGUUGUAUUUUCAUAA